AUGACGGAGGUAUCCGCCGGUCAACCCUCAAAGAAAGGUUUGUAUUUGGCCAUAAGUCCCGAUGGACAAUAUAUCCUCACAUUUAACAGUAAUACGUUUCAAAUUAAAAUUAUCAAAAUGGAAAACAAAGAUAAAUUGCUUGACGAGAAACCAUUGACAAUUGACAAGAAAAAUUUUCCGGAUUUUAAAAGUCCGUCAGAUAAAGUUUCCGAAUUUCCCAUAUUUAAAAUAGCGAUAUCAAACAUUUUUAAGGAUAUUAUUUUCGUUGCGCUAUCGUUUGUGAUUGAAAAUGAUAUGAUGGCUAACAAUAAUAAUGAAACACAUGGCAAAACGGUCAUUUACCGCACAAAUAAAGAUAUGAGUGAUCAUUCCUUCCACUAUGAAAUUCCAAAAGGUGGAAUGGUUAAUUUUGUUCAAUCCACAAAUGAAAAAUUGCAUUGCUUCAUAUUUAACGCAAGUGGAAUCUUUAGUUAUACUAAUCGUAUUAAGAAUCUUGAACGAUACAUAAAACAACAUUACUUUUACCCGAUAAGACUUCAAGAUGAAUUGACCAAUUUAUACAAAGUCCAUUCUUGUUUAAAGAGAAUACGGGCUUGCAUUUCUGACAAUCAUUUUUUGAUCGAGCAAUAUAAUGAAGGUACCCAAUCCAUACAAUUAUUUAACUUGGCCACCAUGGAAAUGGAACAAAUAUUUCAAAAAAAGUUAGAAAGGAACUUGACGAAAAAGUUUGCUCGUCCCAUCUUCUCAAUUUCAAAAAAUAAAUAUCUCUUGAUGUUUUCAAGAGGUAUUGAAACAAUUAUAAUCUUUUAUAUCGAGAAUGGUUUAGAAAUUGCAAGGAAAAGUUUUGGGAUAGGUACGAAAAUAAUGUUUGGAGAAUUUAUUCGUGACGAUGAAGGAUUACUGUUAAUUAUUAAGGAAAAAAAGAAGUUUUUAAUCAAAAUUUGGGAUUUAUUUAGUGCGGCUGAGAAUAAUAUUCAAACUUAUGAUAUUGAUGAAAGUUUAAACGUCAAAAUAGUAUCAUAUAAUGCGAGAUGUCCCGGAAAUCUCUUAACGGUUAAUGCUGAUGGUACAGUUUCGUCAAUAAUUGAGAAGUGGAUUUCAAAUAAAAAGGAGAUUUCUAAACUAGAUCAAUAUGAUUGCAAUUUAAUUCCGCCUGGUGAAAAUAUUACCCUAAAUGAAGAUCAAAGUCAUCGGAUUUAUCAUCGUAAUCGAAAUAAUACCUCAUUAAAACCAUUGGUUAGCAAUAAAGAACCCUGGGUAGACGAAUUUGAUUAUGAACGAAUUUCUGCUUAUCUUGACGAAGAAGAGACAAUUCAAUUAAUAAUUGGAAGAACCACGGUACAAGUUUGGAGGGAAAAUAAGGAGGUUCCAAUUCUUGAAUUUAUAUGGGCAAAUAAAACAGAACCGAGUGAUAACGAUAAAGAGGAAAGAGAAAGUGUGUUGAAAAUAGAGGAAUUAAAGGUUGGGAUUAAAUCUUUUUAUUUAAAAGUCAAAUGGGUUGGUAACAACGUUGAUCAAUCGGCUGAGAUUAAAUGGCCAUCUACAGAUGGACAUGUUACUGAUGUGAUUCAUGCUUGUGCGGCUCUAGCUCACGUGAAUUGUCGAAAAAAUCUCCUUGUCGGAUAUAAAAAGCGACAUAAAUUUGAAAAAUUGAUGAAUUAUAUUUCCCUUUUAAUUUGGAAAUUUAUCAAGAAAAAGCAAGAAACCUGGAAAUUGUUGGAUGUUCGUUACAAUGUUAUGAGUGAUGUUAUCAUUGGAGCCUCUACUUUUCUUAUAAAAUUUAUUUUGCUUGAUGAAAUUGAGAAUAAUAAGGAAGAAGAAAAAACAGGCAACAAACGACUUUUACAUAUACCACAAGUUAGACGAUGGAAUAAUAACAUAGUCGAUGUCAAAGUGCAUAAAGAACCAAAUGUGGAACAGAUGGACAACGAAAAGGAAUUAUUACUUAAUUAUGAAUCAACCGGCUUAACUGAUUUACAAAUUGCGAUUCGUUUGUGUUCAAAAGAUAAUAAUCGCGUCAACCGUCAUAUUGUUAUUGUAGGGUAUCUUUUAGAAUAUUAUACCACUCAUGCAACACGAAAUCUUGGAUGGUUAAUUACGGUUUCUAAAGCUCUUCCAGAAUUAUAUAAUCAUGAAUUAUUACAUCAUUAUGCUAAAGAUAUAUUUUAUAAGAAAUGCUUUAAGGGACUAGAGAUGUCACAUAAUAUCGAUCAUAGAGAUUUCAUGCCUCAUGACAUUGAAAAAAGAAGGCAAAAAGCGCAAAACUUCAUUGCGUUCUGUCCGAAUACAAAACUAGUUGCCAAGAAAAAAAAUCGUCGAUUAAACUUGGAAGUCCUUCAUGAUAUCACUAUAACUAUUUAUUUUAAGAUAUAUCAAAAAGUUUUUCCGAAUCCUUUUAAAAAAAUUCCACCAUCAAUACAUAUUGUUCCUUUGUACGAAUUUACCACUA